AUGUCUGCUGAGGGCCCCACAGACUCUGAUGAAACUGUAGAGGUGUGCAGGACAUUAGUGACGUUUGUAGUCGCUGUAUUGUGGUUCAGAUGCUUGAAUCUUCUGCUGUUUUGUCUCGUCUAUCACAGCGGAAACACAUCUAUAUCUGUGUCAGGAAAAAAGGGAGGAAACGUCACACUAACAUGUGAAUCUGAGGCCGAUGAGAUUGUUCACAUUGAGUUAUUCAGUGAGUCAGAAGAGAUAGAUGUGUGUCAGGAUGAAGAAUGUAGUGGACGAGUGUUUAAAGAAGGAAACUGUGACGUCGUCAUCAAGAAUCUGAGCUUCAAUGAUGCUGGGAAAUAUAUUUUGAGAAUCUAUUACAAUAAUGAUCAGUCAGAGCUGGAGCCACAAAUCAGGACGUACCAAGUUCAUAUUCAUGAUGAGAUUUCUGUGAAAACAGGCGAGGAGCUAAAGAUGCAUGUUCUGUUGUCUAAUGCUGAUAAAGUGGAGACAAGCUCUAGUGGAGAGUGGAAGGAGGUUCGGAGCAGAACUGAUGGGGUUCAGAGCGAUCGACUGAAUGAAAAUGAUGAAAAUCUGAUCUUUAAAUCCUUUGCAUCAAGUGAUGCAGGAGCAUACAGAGUUCUGGAUUCAGAAGGAGAAAUCUUGAUCACAGUGACAGUCACAGGUGAGAGAAACUCAGAUAUAUGUGUAACGAAACUGUAAGUCUCGUUCCAUAGGGGAAAUGAAAGUUACCCUGGAAGACUUGAGAAUGAAAGGAUCUUGGUCCCCACUCUGGCGCUUUGAGUCUCAGUGUGCACAAUGUGUGUAUGUUUUAUCUUACACUAUUGUAUAAUAUACUACAGGAAUAGGUA